AUGAAUCGGGUGUAUACCUCCCUGAGGGCACUGAGAAGGUCGUUCUUUGAGGUUCGGUCAUUACAACAGCCGUACGGGAUCGUGUAUCACAAGCGAUGGGCUUCGACUGUCCCUGAUGAUCUGGCAUGGCCAACGAAGCCAAAUCCCGAUCCAUACGAUAUCUUCCAUCUUACCCAAACUUCAACCCCAGCCGACAUCAAGACACGUUACCGCGUACUCGUCCUACAACACCAUCCCGACCGCGGAGGCAGCUCAAAUCAAUUCCACAUGCUCCAGGAAGCCUACAAAAUCCUCUCAUCGCCAAGCAAACGGCGGAGCUACGACGCAUACGGCUUCGGCUGGCACAGUCCCGAGAAGAAGAUGAACCGGGGGUAUGCACAGCCGGAUUAUAACCCAAGUUUCAUGGGUGCAUGGAAGAGCGAGAUCAAGCACAAAAGAUCAAAUGGCAUGGGUGCUGCGGCUUGGGAACAUUACUAUCCCGAAGAGAAGCUGCAGAAGGACCCCGUCUAUAUGUCUCACGGGAAUUUCGCCGCUUUCAUUGUACUUAUUGUUUUCAUAUUCACGGGAUUUCAGCUGUACAUAGUUGGCAGCACGUCCGAAGUAUUAAGGCUUGGGGCGGAUAAAGCCCAUAUGGAGGCUGCACGGAAUUUGGCUGAAGCGAGGAGGAGGCCACAAGGUCUGAAUAAGGAUCAGCAGAUUGAGUUGGCGAGGUUACUGCACGAGGGGCAGAUUAAGGAGUGGAAGUUGAGGGAGCCGGAGGUGUGUAGGAAUGGGGUGCAUGAGCAGACACGGAUAAGAGCGCUGCCACCACCGCCGUCGUCGGGGGAGCAUGCCGCGACGGCACACGUAUGA